UCAUGCUCUGGCAGAGUGGCUUUAUCCUGUUCCCACCAUUGAGCGAGGCGACCAGGCUACCCAACGCACGCACGCAAACACGCACGCACGCCCGCACCGAUCGUCGGCCGAGCAGGCAGCCCCAUAUCCGCCUCUGAGACUAGCACCGAGAGCAGAGCAGGCAGCCAGUUCAACAGCAGGGCGCCCGUGCAACGGCGCCGAGGCCAUCCAACAAAGCAACGACCCAUCAGCCGAAAGCGCAACAGCGCUAACGACCAGCACCAGCAGAAAAGAUGCCCAUCAAGCGCGUCGAGACGGGCAGCCAGAUCCCGCUGAGCGCGGUGCUGAAGGAGGAGGUCGACCACGCGGCGAUAGCCGUCGCGGCGGACGACAAUGAGGUGAGUGUAGUCUUCCACGCCAUCUGCGCGUCGUGCGACGACAAGAAGUUGCUUGAUAAUGUCUCGGGGGCGUUCGGGGCUGGUCGCGUGGCCGCGAUCAUGGGGCCUUCGGGAGCUGGGAAGACGACACUACUCAAUGUCCUAGCUGGUCGAACGACCACCUCCAUCCAAGUUUCGGGAGAUGUCGUGAUCGCGCGAGCGAAGCCUACCGAUGUGGUCCGGAAGCGAUACACGGGCUACUGCGAGCAGCAUGAUUCAUUGAUAGAUGUUCUCAGUGUGCGAGAGAUGCUCGAGUACACGGCGGAAUUGAAGUGUUCCCAGUACUUGAGUCAUUCUACCAAGAUACAACGGGUGGACGAGUUGCUCAACGAGAUGGGUUUAACACACAUCGCGUCCUCGCAAGUGUCAGUUAUUUCCGGGGGUGAACGAAAACGUACGAGUAUAGCGUUAGCUCUCGUCUCGAAGCCCCCCGUACUACUCUUAGAUGAGCCCACAACUGGUUUAGAUGCGGCCACGGCGGACGACGUGCUCGCGGCCGUGAAAAAACUUGCGAGAGAUGGGAGUCGAGUGGUAGCAUGUACGAUCCACGCGCCGUCGUCCCGAGCGUUCCGGUUGUUGAUCGACGACGUCGUAGCUUUGGACGGAGGAAAAGUCGCGUGGGCGGCUCCGCCGGGCGAAGGUUCCCACGGCCCCCUGGCGACGUAUGUGUCCCAAUCCCUCGGUUCACAGUAUGUGGACGGCGACUCGUUGGCCGAACAUUUGCUGUAUGCCAUGCGCGACGCCAAGACGAAGGACAUUGAUGUAGCCGAGAGGUGGAGCAAGCACCCUGUAUAUGCAGCUACGCUGAAACGAGUACAAUACUUAGCCUCGAAGGCCGAGACGGAGGACCCCGACGCUGCGGCCCAACGACUCAGAGAAGCUUGUCCUGGGAGUCUCGCGUGGACCAAGGACGACCCUCGAAGGAAACUAGCCGUAGCUACAAGUGUACCGCACGGUAUCGUAACGUUACUAAGAUAUAGAUCAUUGCGUUCCUUCGGCGACGUGGAGUACAUCAUGACUAGAUUAGGAGACAAGCUACUCUAUGGCCUGGUCAUGAUGUCCCUAUUUUGGGGCGAGGGUCGUAAAAAAAGACAGAUGGAGGCGGCGAUGAAUUCCGCUGGUGUUUUAUGGUUCGCUGCUGUGCUCACGGGGUACGGGGCGGCCUGCUACAUGCCGCAAUUAGUUUCCGAGAGACCUAUUUUCCUCCGAGAAACUGCCGAUGGUGCGUACCUGCCCGUGACAUUUUUGAUAGCCAAAACAAUAGAGGAGUGUAUCAUCAUAUUGCCCUUUGCCUUGAUCUAUUUUGCGGCGGUCUUCUUCUCGGUGGGGCUGCAGGGGAAUUUCCUGAUUAGUUUUGGACUGUUCUAUCUGACGGUGAUCGUGGGCCUGGCCAUCGCCCAGAUGGUCGCCGCCUACGCGCCGGAUGCGGACGCGGCGAAUGCUCUCCUGCCGACCUACAUCACAUGCAAUUUGUUAUCCUCAGGAUAUGUCCUACUCACGUCGGACAUACCCCUGGGCUGGCGCUGGUACACCCGAUGCAAUCAUCUCUACUACGCCUGGAUGGCUCUACUCAGAGACAACUUCUCCUACGACAGCGCGGAGAUGGGGUCCCCCAAUACGGAUGUCCUGGACCAUUAUGAUGUCAGGCGCGCGCCGUCCGUGGGCAUGUGCGCUUUAGCAUUGAUCAUCUUCUUCCUCGUCUACCUGUGUUUGGCGGAGCGCGGGCUGGCGGCGCUGGCGCGGUCGCGGCGGUAACGCUUCCCCCUCCCUGCUAACUCCACUGACUAACGACAUAAUGAAGG